AUGAAGAUGAAGCUUUGUUCCAUUUAUAUUGUAUUUGGCUUAAUUGCUCUUCAGUUUAUACCUUUGUCCACCAUAGUUCAUGCUCAGCAAGCUAAGGAUUCGUGCAAUUCAACUCUACCUCUCAAAGAUUUUACUUUGGACUCGAGCCUUCUUCAAUGCGUCGAAGCUUGGAGUCUCCAGAAUUUCAUCCUCCGAUAUGCUAAAACGGUGGACAACACAUGGACUUUCAUCCUAUCGGUGCCGGAUUCCAGUGCCUACAUCGGGAUCGGAUUCUCGACCAAUGGCCGGAUGGUCGGAAGCAGCGCAAUCGUCGGGUGGAUUACUACCGACAGCAGAAGAGGAGAAGCAAAACAGUACUCACUCAAAGGGAGAUCCCCUGAUGAUGUAACACCUGACCAAGGUGAUCUCAAGAUCAUCAACGGUUCUUUAAAGAUCGAGUCAGUGUCGUCACGUCUUUACAUGAGUUUCCAGUUGACGGCGGAGCUGCCACGACAGAAUCUCAUUUACGCUUUGGGACCUGCCGGAUUCUUCCCAUCUUCGCCGGACUUUAGGUUGAGGGUACACCGGUCCGUGACCACCACGACCAUCAAUUAUAAUAUUGGACCGACCAUGUCUCCGGGUCCAGCUCAGGCACCGGAGACCAAACCUUCUCAACCUCCUAUCAUUCCUUCAUCCGGAUACGGCCUCUCACCGUCUCUUUUCUUCUUUGGCAUCAUCAGUCUCGUAGCUCUCAAAUUUCACUGA